AUGUCGGACGCCAACACCCCCCCAAAACCCACGCUCCUCGCCUUCCACGGCUCCGGCAGUAACGCCACAAUCCACACCGUGCAGCUCGCCCGCCUCAACCGCGUCCUCAAACCGCACUUCAACAUCGAGCCCCUCGAAGCCCCCUUCCCCUCCCCCGCAGGCCCAGGCGUCCUCCCAUUCUUCGACGGCUGCGGCCCGUUCGCGCGCUGGCUGCCGCCUGCCGAGAAAGUCAGCGUCGAGAUCAUGUGCGCGGGGACGUCGACGCCGGAGCUGAGCAAGGAGGUUGAGAAGCUGGUGCGCGAGGCGGUGCAGCGGGUGACCACGGGCGGCGGGCGGGUGGUCGGGCUGGUCGGGUUCAGCCAGGGGACGAAAGUGGUGGCUGGCUUGCUGCGCGGGGCGCAGAUCAGGCGCGAGGUCGGCGCCAGGGGCGAGGACUGGCUGGCGAGCUUCCACUUUGCGCUGAGCGUGUGCUCGAGUUAUGCGCCGCCGUUGCUGCCUCUGGGAGUGCUGAAGUUGCCGGAGGUGCAGGGGCUGGGUGAGGAGGAGCGGGAGGCGUUGAAGAAGGAGAAGAUUGCGGCGCCGGUGUUGCAUGUGUUGGGCGAGCAGGAUGAGUGGAGGUGGGCGGGUGAGGGGCUGAUUAAGGGUCAUUUUGAGGUGGCGGAUGGGAAGAGUAAGGUGGAGGUGUGGGAUAUGGGACAUCACUACCCGCAGAAGCCUGAGGAGUCGGAGCAGAUGAAGGAUUGGUUGGUUGAGCAGCUGCGUAUUCUGGAUGGAGGCAAGGAUGCGGCGGCAUAG